CCCUUUCUGCAACCAGCAGGAAACUGAAAAGAAUGGAGAAUAAUCAGUGUACCAUUUAUUGGAUACCUCUUUGUUUUGUAACUGUAAUUAUGAUAAUUUCUUUACUGAAAAACAUUUCAUACUUCUUAAAAGACAAGAAACAAAAAGGCAAAAUUUAUGAAGAUUAUAAUGAAUAUAAUCCAAGCAAUGGUGAAUUUCAUGCAGAUGCUUGUCCAGUUUAUGGCAACCUUAAUCACUACCAUCAGGAGAUCCUAAAUGAAAGCUGCUAUGAGCAAAUGAAUGCCCAUUCCCCUAGAUCCACCACUGAUGUACAGCAGACAGCUGAUCGCCAAAUGUGUUAUGCUUCCCUUGAUCAUAGCGUCAGAAGAAAACACAACAUUUACCCCAAAAAGAAAUAUCCUACAUUAGAAAUGGGCGAAGAUCAGCUUGCCAGAAGCAACUCCACAUUGUCUUGCAUUUAUCUCAACAGCGAACAACUCAGUGCUGAAAAUAAGUUGUCUGAAAAUGUUUCUUAUGAUGAUUCGUUCAGAGUGUUUGAUUUAAACCACAGUGCAAAUGAUGUCACAUUUUAGUAACCAAAUAAUUUUUCCAGUUUAAAUAUUCACUGAGAUAGUCACCUGCCAGGUAAGGUAAACUAUUAUGGGAACAAAAUAAUCUGUGCCACUGAGUGUUACAGAAGGACAAUUCGUAUGACUUCUUGAGACUUUUCAUUAAAGUUUGCCCACCAUGUGACAGGGUGUGUAGAAGAGCCUGGAUCAUUCAGGAAGUUGUCUGGGCAAUGGAGAAACUUGCUUGCUCCUUCACCAUGCCAUUUUGGAGCUGGUUCAUUCAUUCAUGAGUGGGAGCCAAAUUAUAGUGUAGAUUAACUAGAGCGCUAGACCAAGCUAAAAAGCCCGAUUGUCAAGAACUUAAACAAUGUUAUGUACUAUGAAGCAGUUAUAUUCCAUUAGAAGAUUAGAAUCACUAACAAGAAUUUUGCUAACUUCCUGAGAAAAACUUACUCAUUCAGCUCUGCUCAGUAUAAUUUGCCACGCUGCACAUGUAAUAACAUCAGGCAAUAUUUAAGGUUAAUUAGGGAAUAAUGUAUCAGCUUUGAUUCAUCUAAUUAACAGUUGUACAGCUAGCAAAUGUAAUGUCGGCAUGUAUUUAGUUUCCUGCUAGUUAAGAACUGCUAGAGUCAAUCCCAAUUACUCAACGAGUAUAUAAUGUCUUGAACAUCUGAAUUAAAUGGUCUGUAAAGAAAGUAGUAAAUGAGGUAUAAAAAUAAAUCUCCAAGGAAGAAUUUGACAUUUUUCAUUGUAUUUAAGUGAUUGCUAUUGACUUUUACACCACGGUUUUAUAGUUUAUUCUAUAAGAAGUGAUAUUCCUUAUUACUCCCCAGAUAUACCUGUUCAACUCAGUCCAAAACAUUGUCUUGUAAUAAAAACUGCCUUAAUGCAUUUGAAAUCCCAUAAUAUAGCAAUGAAGUUUGAAUUGAGCACAUUUUUAUCCUAUUGAAAUCAGUGGGUGACAUUUAAAUCAGGCACAUUCUUUUUUGGAUUAUUAGUAAUGGCAGCCUUUUGUUCCUAGUGAACACAUUCAAGUCAAGAUUGGUA